AUGCUAACCGAUCAACGUGGCUGGACAACUGAUGGAUUUAUUACUGAACCAUUGACUCACGAAGGAAUAAAAGCGGUAAUUAAGGAUAUUGAAGAUAAAUUAAAUGAAAUUCAACAUCAAUCAGUUAAUGUCAUGCAACAACCAAUUGAAGCACAAGAAAACAGUCGAACGGAUAGUUCUGCUAUGCAUCUUACCAAUACUAUCACAAGCAAUGAUGCUGAACAAGAAAAAUAUUCUCAUCUCGACUGGAUAAUUGAUCGCCCAGUAGUUAACAUACAAAUCGAUCCCGUUGUCGGACUUAUUGACAGGCUUCGUCAUAGAAUGAAGCUUGAUGCAUUUUGUCCAAGAUCCUCUGCAGCUAUGUCAGAUGUUGAUGAGAAUCCACAAUUAUUAGAUGAAUGGAGUAGUAAUGUUAAUACCAAUCAACAAGACGAAGAGCAGUCUACAACUGCUAAUCAAAAUCAAGUUUUUUUAUGA